AUGAAGCCCUCCACUUCAAAGAGUCGCAAGGGAAACAAGCAAUUUGUCAGAGUGCAUUCGAACGGUACCAUCACAUAUAAACAGAACACUCCAGUCCAAAGGAAACGAGCAUUUCCAAUCCAGAAUAAAGCUAAAUGUGGCAUUCCCUCCCGCAACUCGAGAGCACAUUUACUCAACAUGCCAUCAGAGAUCCGUGACGAAAUCCUUUCGUACCUCCUUACCAACCCUAUCCUGGGACAAGGCAUCUCAGUGACUAUGGAAGCAGGACCUCUGAGAAAAGGUAACAGAGAGGUCACGUCGCCCAAAUACGACCUCCAUCCAGCCGUCCUCCGUGUAUGUAAGCAAAUGUAUCAAGAAGGCUUAUUAUACAUGUUAUAUGAGUGCAACACAUUCAUCAUGGAUUGCACAAACUGGAUGUAUCAGGACGAUACACACGUGCCUGUUGAUGGAAUGUACUCCUAUGCUCCACGAUGGGCAAAUACGUACUAUCCCAUCACAACUGCUCUAAAUGUGACCCCAUUGAAUCGGUACUUGGAACACCUGAAUGUCAGUCCAACUAAUCCGGUCUGGGUGUAUGAAGGAAACCAAUAUUUUAACGAGCAGCCAACAUUAAGAAAUCUUGUGGGUUCACAAGCCAGCUAUGCCAAAAAGUGGAAAGUCAUUGUGCGUGGGGAUAGCGGGACUUACAGUCGUCGGUUUGGUCGAUUUGCUUUACAGCAGUUCUGUCACGCAGUAUGUCAGUGUCCAGGACUCUCCCUUACCUUUGUUGUUUGUACAGAUAAGACAUCGAAAAAGACGAAAAAGACACUUUAUCUCGACUUCGACAGCGAAUUGAGCUUUGAGGAAAUAUUUUCUCCGCUGCAAAUAUUCAGGAACGUGAAGCAUGUUGAGUUUAGCGAAGCACAUGCCGACGUUGAUCAGGAAGUUCGUGGAGAAGAUUUUCCUGAGGCACUCCCAGUGUACUUUCACGAAAUUUUCCAAGUGGCAGACGCAGCUGCUAGCAAUCUCACGUCAGGAAAGCUUGUGGAAAAAUACACCAAGUUAAUAAAAGGAUCAUCACCAUUGAUCAACCCACUAGAUCUCAUGUGUGAUGAUCUCGUGACAUACGCCAAGACUUUUCAACGUGUUCCGGAAUUUAAAAAGAACAUGGACCUGGGUACGGUUUUCGAUGAAGUUCUAUUCCAAGAAGACGACACGAAUACAUAUAAGCGGCCAUAUGAUUCGGCCGAAUGUCUCCUUAGACAGGCACAAGCAGCGGCAUUGGUUAACGACAGCGAGAAAUUCAAGGGUUUUCGGAAGGAGUUGUUACUUGAAAUAAAAGGAGAACGGUACAAAAUCAUCAAGAAUGGCCGUGCAAGAUUUUACAAGUUUAUCGAGCAGAACAGGAUCUUUCGAGGAAUGCUAUGCUCGGGAGAAUUUCAUAAUGAUGUGUACAGGUGUCAGGAAUAUACACUGGACCUGAGCGAAGACACAGCCUUGAGACGUAAUUGGAGAAUCAGCAUCACGGAAGCCCUCAUCGUGCUGGAAGAUUAUGCUUCCUCCUUCUUGAGAGAUACGUCGAACAUGAAUUCCAAGCUGCGCGCUGGACACCGUCUUUAUGACCCCACCCACCUCUACCAUGCAUUGCCAAGAGAACAACUGAUGCGACGAAUCCAAGACGCAUAUGUUUCCUGGGAUUUCAGCUCCUUUCUACAAUACUACAAAGAGGUUGUUCAUGACAUGGAUGCACAGUACAUCGAGAUACUGGAGGCGAGAAAGAACCUCUUUCGAUGGGAUACAGGACCUACUUUGAGAGGAAUGGAAAUCGUUUCUGGGGAUGAGAACAACUUUGCAAGCCGUGAAAUUGAGCCUAUUGAAUGGACCAUGCUUAAUUUCAAUCAAAAUCAUGAGCUGGAAAAGCGGGCACCGGCAGCCACUAAGCGACAAAAACGUCGAAGUUCACGGCAGUGGUGAAGAAAUGAUCAUGCGGGGAAUCUAAGGUCGAUAAACGGCUUCAUGUAGAGGACGGGGGCUCUUGCGUGGAGAACGGAGAUUGAUGAUCUCAGGGUGAGGACUUUUUGCUGGAAAUACGAAACUUGAGUGUAUCUAAUGCUACUUCCAUAGUGAAACAAAUUCGAUAGAUUCGGUGACUAUUAUGAAGUGAAGAGUGUGUGAAGUGAAAUGAAGUGAAUAGUGAC